ACCGCGCAUGUGCGCUGCUUUGACAGUCUGACCGUAGCAACAUUCAGCGAUUUUCCACGGUUUGCUUUGUUGCGAAUACACUCAACGGCUCAUUUAUUGUUUUUAUCAGAAACUAGGGCAGUGUGUGAACGUGCAGAAUGCGCCCCGAGGGGCCGGGCUGAGCCAGAAUGGUGGCUAACAUUGGCGUCAUCAACCCAACAAAUGUUGAGGCGACGGCGUAUAUAAGUGCGGUGGCAGCGUUCGCGGCUGUGGUGCUCGUGCUACUGCUAUUCCUGGGCAGGAGGUGGUGUCAUUCGACCGUAUUCAAUCGCAAGUGCUGCGACGACAUCCUCGCUGUAAAUCCACGAAACCCGACCCCUUGCCUUCCAAUAGAAAAUGCGCAGAUCGAUGCUUUGUCGAAACCGAACAAUUUUCCCGAUCGUGUAUUUGCGUUCGAGACCUCCGACUCGGAUGACGACCUGCGCUUGCGCAUACAACAGGAUAAAGAAGAAUGUCACUACGAAGAGAAGAACGAGAAUGCUUCAGCCCCUGUGAAGCUCGAAGUGGAGCUGGUGGAGACAGCGCUGAGGGAAACAACGCUAAGGGAGACAAAGAUCGACGAUGUUGUGCCGCAGAGAACGGAGUACCUUCACACACUCGAAGCACAGAGCAGCGUCGAUAGUGAUGUCAUAGCACAUAAUGAUACUUCCCUGCUUUGUGGUGAAAGCUCUCAAGAGCGUGGGUCAAUCGAGCUGACACUAUUGUACGACGCGCCAGUUCGUUGCAUGACGGUACACGUGCUGCAAGGCCGCUCCCUUCCUCUAAAAACCACCGGACAGAUAUUGCAGAGUCAGGUUCGAGUUGUUCUGCUGCCGUUGAAGAAACAGAAGUUCAAAUCAAAGAUCCGAAAUGGAGAGAAUCCUCAAUACAUGGAGAGCUUCGUUUUACAUAAAAUGAAUCCUGAGGAUGUACACGGUCUUGGCCUGAGAAUCCGUGUGUAUGGAUGCGAACGCAUGCGUCGGCAGCGGCUGCUGGGCGAGGCAGCUGUCUCGUUCGCAUCUCUAAAUCUCGAGCUAGAAAACAAUUUGUGGCUUCAGCUCGCACCGAGACAACACCAUCAAACUAGCUUACAGCUACCAAAACUCGAGUUGACCAGUACAAUAACAGGGGUGCUGGCCAGUCCCUCGUCUAUAGCGACGGUGACUACUCCAUCAGCAGGAGCCGCGGGCGGUGAAGCCUGCAGCCUCGCUCGGUCGGACUCCGCCUCAUCCUGCUGCAGUGCCAGAUCAGCACCAGAACUAUUACUUGGUCUACAGUACAACUCUACGACUGGCCAUUUGUCUGUUGAGAUAAUUAAAGGGACACAUUUCCGAAAGCUCUCUCCGAACAAGGCCCCCGAUACAUACGUGAAGCUCUGCCUCAUCAGCUCUCUCGGUAUGGAGAUGGGACGCUGUAAGUCCACCACACGACGGGCACAAUCCAAUCCGCUGUAUAAGGAGCUGUUUAUAUUUCAGGUGGCUCUUUUCCAACUAAGCGAGGUGACAUUGAUGGUGUCCGUCUGGUGGCGUCGCAGUGUCAAACGAAACGAGAUGGUUGGCUGGUUCUCUUUAGGACACAGUUCUUCGGGACGUGAAGAAGAACGACACUGGAGGGAGUUAUGUGACCGACAAGGGGAGCAGGUACAACGGUGGCACGUUCUGUUGGAUUCCUGACGAUCGCCGACUUAGCGCACGGAAGCGCUCGCCUGAAUUGUCUACGCCACGGCUCGGUUUCCCCUUCGGUCCCAAGUCGUGAGCAGGCCGUUUCCCGACCAUUCUAUAUCGGGGAACCAUGCAUCCACGAUUUCACUGGUUCAAUCACUUUCCACGUGACUUCGUUUUUGAUGACCACACUCGUGGUUCGCUUUUUUAAUAAAAGCAGCGAUGUUUUUUCGCGUAAUCCGUUUUUCUUGUGCGGGCCGCAUAGUUGAACUCGUGUGAGAUUUUUUCAUAACGUCACAGUUAAAUCAAUCCGAAUCCUUGCGAACAGUACGUGUAUGGAAAUGAAGGAAAAAAAUUGUUGAAAAGGUUGAAAUUAUGGAAUGAAAACAGUAACAUUUAAUACACUUUUUUUUUCAAUUACAUUUAUGUACAUAUACCUAAGCACCAGUUUCAGCUGCGGCCUGAAAUUUUUUGAUGAUCGCACAAUAUUGUAUCGCGUGAGCACGCUCUUAAUGUUUCGAUGUUGUUAAUAUUAUUAAUGAAACGAUUGUUAUUAUAAAUUUGAAAUUUAUUACAUUGUAAUAUGUACGUGCUUUUCGCAUUGAAUGCAUUAGGAAUUGUAACGUUCCGAUUUUUAUUAAAUUUUGUAAAGGUUACUUACUAAUUUGCUCGUAUGUAAAUUGGUAUAUAGGUCGUAUAUUGUAUAAAACUUGAAGCCUUUUGUUCAAAAAUUGAAAUCAGCGUGCAGAUUUGAUUUUUAACAUAUCACCAGAUAAAAGGAGGUGUAUUUUACUUUCAUUACAGACAGGCUCUUUAGAUUUCUAAGAAAAUAGUCACAUGUUUUUUUUAUUUAUUGGUGCCCGUGUAGGCAGACGAGCAUACGGCCCUCCUGAUGAUCAGUGGUUACCGUCACCCAUGAACUUCAUCAAUGUCAGGGGCAGAGCCAAGCUGCUGCCUACAUGUUCAAAACAAGUAAAUUGUUUUGGAUUAGUCAAAAAGUAUGCAUUAUCUAACUUAUAGUUUUAGUAGCUGUUGUUGACUCUUAGGUACUCGAGUGAAAACGGUGCACUUGAUGUAUCAAUUAAUAAUAAUAAAAGCUGAUUUCAUGUACUUACAUACUUAAAAGAUCGAAAAAGUUUCAAGUUUUAAGUUUUGAAACGAAAAAGAUUUUGAUGAUAACCUUUUUAUAAUAUAAUAUAUUUAAUAUAAAGACUUGCAGCGCACAACACUUGUGAGAUAGUUAUAAUGUACUAGAAUUGAUAUUUAUUGAAUACUCAUAUUAUACACAGAAUUUAGGACGGCCCAAAUAAAUUAAAUACCUACCUAUUAUAUUUACAAUUUAAGAAAAUUAUGCUAUUCAUUUCCCAAUUAACGACACUAGGUCAAACAACUUUAAAAUUUAUAAUUAAUAUAUCUACGUACCUAAAAUCAAUUGCUAUAUUAAAUGAUGAGUUAUGUAAAUAUUCAGUAAAACAUUUCUUAAAAUAAAACUCAGGCUAAAAAUUACUAUUUAUAAAAUUGCAUGUUUUUAUUAAAUUUUCGUUAUUAGUUGCGUAAGAUUCUUAGUAGGUUAUUAUAUUCGAUUACGAAUUUUCGUGUAGCGCUAACUUCAUCUCCAUGCCUCCAAUGAACACUACUCUAACUCCAAAUUCGUAGGUUUACAGGAGGAGAGUUUAAAAGAAAAAACUUGAUAGGUGUCAAGGGACA